AUGCUCCCCUCCAGCUUACCUUCAUCAACCCUCCCCAAGGUAUUCUUCGACCUACGGAUCGGGGAGGAGGAUGUGGGUCGUGUCGUCAUCGGGCUCUUUGGCAAGACGGUGCCCAAGACGGUGGAGAACUUCAUGGCAUUGGCCACUGGAGAGAAAGGAUUCGGCUUCAAGAGCAGCAAGUUCCACCGUGUGAUCAAGGAUUUCAUGAUCCAGGGAGGAGACUUCACCCGUGGAGAUGGCACUGGAGGAAAAAGUAUCUACGGGGACCGCUUCCCCGAUGAGAACUUCAAGCUGAAGCAUUACGGCCCCGGCUGGGUGAGCAUGGCCAACGCCGGCAAGGACACCAACGGUUCCCAGUUCUUCAUCACCACGGUGAAGACGCCGUGGCUGGACGGCAAACACGUGGUGUUUGGCAAAGUGCUGGAGGGCAUGGACGUGGUGAGGAAGGUGGAGAACACUAAGACAGACAGCCGGGACAAACCCCUGAAGGACGUUGUCAUCGCCGACUGCGGCACCAUCGAGGUGGAGAAGCCAUUCGCCAUCGCCAAAGAGUAAUCCACCCUCCGGGCUCUGCGACACGGCGCGGGGCCCUGCGAU